UGAUAGGAGAAUACCCAUUGCCCGACUGAAUAGUGUAAUCGUUACAACUCGUUCAGUCGAUUGCUUUUCAGUUAGUGUCGACGAGACAAAUGUAAACUUUUCCGAUUUUCGUUGACCAACAGUUGUGUACAAUAAUUGAAUUUGGAUAAAGAGACUGUGUACAUCGAAAGUGAAAUAAAAAUGGUGGUAUUCAAGGCAGUAAAGUGCUCGGCGGACGAUUGGGCCAUAACUAAUUGUGCUAUAAUAAACGAUGAGGACUUCCAUAGUGAUACAAAAUAUAUUGAAGUGCAACACCAAACCAAGCCGGAUAUUAAGUUCUGGUUCACUGUGAGAUCAGUUAAAAAUCCUCCUCCACGUGGAUGCAUUGCCUUCUCUAUGAAUCAGCGAGAAUGGGCGCAGCUAUCAAUCAAUCAAGCGAUUAAUGUUAUCCCUCACCCGGCUAAUGUUCCAAUCGAUUUUGUGUUGUCUGUUGAGGUUGAAGUCGAUUAUUUUAAUAAAAAAGGAAAGACUAACGAACAAUUUGAUACUGACAUGAUGGCAAAAGAAUUUCUAAUGUUAUUUUCAAACCAUGUGUUAUCUGUUUCUCAAACACUGCUACUUCAAUUACCAGAAAAACCAUUAAUGUUCAUUAAAGUCAAGAGUAUUGAAGGCGUAAACUCUAAUGAAAUAAAUUCUGGAGCUAAACCGCGUAUUGUGCAGUUUGGAAAAUGUUUAAGUAAUACAGUCGUUCGGUUUGUGGUUGGACCGAAUGCGUCCUUCUUGUUGGUAGGAAGAGCAAAGAGUCAGCAAACUCGUGUGUCAAUCAUAAACCCGGAUUUUGAUUUUAACAAAAUGGGUAUUGGAGGUCUCGACAAUGAAUUCAAUGCCAUAUUUCGAAGAGCUUUUGCUUCACGAGUAUUUCCACAAGAGAUUAUCGAACAACUAGGAUGCAAGCAUGUCAAAGGUAUUUUACUAUAUGGUCCGCCUGGAACUGGUAAAACGUUAAUGGCUAGACAGAUCGGUCAAAUGUUACAAGCGCGUGAGCCCAAAAUUGUUAAUGGCCCUCAAAUUUUGGAUAAAUAUGUUGGUGAAUCUGAAGCAAAUGUUAGGAGAUUGUUUGCUGAUGCUGAAGAGGAAGAAAAAAGAUGUGGACCAAGUAGCGGUUUGCACAUUAUCAUCUUUGAUGAAAUUGACGCUAUUUGUAAAGCAAGAGGAUCAGUUGGUGGAAAUACCGGAGUGCACGAUACAGUGGUUAACCAGUUAUUAGCUAAAAUAGAUGGAGUCGAACAACUUAACAACAUCCUGGUCAUAGGCAUGACAAAUCGAAGGGAUAUGAUUGAUGAAGCAUUAUUAAGACCUGGUCGCCUUGAAGUACAAAUGGAAAUAAGUUUACCAGAUGAACAUGGGCGACUACAAAUUUUGUCUAUUCAUACAACUCGCAUGAAAGAAUUCAAAAAAAUUGCUAACGACGUUAACAUGAAAGAACUCUCAUCGUUAACAAAGAAUUUCAGUGGAGCUGAAUUGGAAGGUUUAGUUCGUGCAGCUCAAUCUACUGCCAUGAAUCGCUUAAUAAAAGCCAAUAAUAAAGUAGAAGUCGACCCUGAUGCUUCUGAGAAACUUCAAGUCUGUCGAGAUGACUUUUUGCAUGCUCUUGAACAUGAUAUAAAACCAGCAUUUGGUGCUAGUGCUGAAGCAUUGGAACAUUUCUUAGCAAGAGGCAUUAUCACAUGGGGACCUUCGGUAACCAGUAUACUAGAAGACGGCUAUUUACUUACUCAACAAGCACGUGCUCAAGAUUCUUUUGGACUUGUAUCAGUUCUUAUUGAAGGGCCCCCAAACUCUGGCAAAACAGCAUUAGCUGCUAAAUUAGCUAAAGAUUCUGACUUUCCGUUUGUCAAAGUGUGUUCCCCCGAAGAUAUGGUUGGCUUUACAGAGACUGCCAAAUGCACGCAAAUAAGAAAAAUUUUUGAUGACGCCUACAGAUCUCAACUUAGUUGUAUUUUGGUUGAUAAUAUUGAACGUUUAUUGGAUUAUGGCUCUAUUGGUCCUAGGUAUUCCAAUCUCACUUUGCAAGCAUUACUCGUUUUGUUAAAAAAACAACCACCUAAAGGUAAAAAGUUAUUGGUACUAUGCACAAGCAGUCGGAAGCAAGUACUAGAUGAAAUGGAAAUGCUCUCUGCUUUCACUGCUAUUCUUCACGUUCCAAAUCUCAGUCAGCCAGAAGAACUUAUUACUGUUUUGGAACAAUUUGAUUUGUUUACAAAACAAGAUAUCCACAAAAUUCAUAAUCAAAUAACUGGACACAAAGUAUUCAUUGGAAUAAAGAAACUGUUGGCUCUUAUCGAUAUGGUCCGCCAAACAGAUCCAAAACUUCGCGCCAUUAAGCUGUUGACCAAAAUGGAAGAAGAAGGAUGUUUAGAUACAGGCACCAUGAUUCAUUAGUUAUAUUUCAUAAUUUGAUUCUAUGGUGUAUUCUCAUUUAUGAAGUUAGGACAAGCAUUCCAAAAUUAGAAAGUCAAUUAGGCAUUAUGGUAAAAUAUAUUAAGCAGUAUUAUUCCGUUUACACGUUUUUCUUUACCUUUGCCUUUUGUAUAUAAUAUGAGCAGUUAGCAGUGGUGUUACUGCGUUUACGUUAAAUGUCCAUUUUUGUUUAAUGAAUUUUUAUUUAGUUAUUAAUUAAUAGUUUACCUUAUAAUUAAGUAUAACUUAAUUUAAAAUUUUGCUUCUUUAAUGCAAUAUUGUUGUUUUUAAUUUCUAAAAAUAUUAUUGUUACCUUAUUUUUUUGUGAUUUAUUUGUUUUAUAAUAAGUAAUAUUAAUACUUAAGUAUUCUAUUUAUUUUUAUUAUACUGUUGUAUAACGAUUACUUUAAUAAUUUUUUUUUUCUUAAUGAUAAUUUUUAAUAACAUUUUUCCAUGUUUUUAAUAAAUGACAAAUAAUAAGUAAGCAAGGAUCUUAUUAGACAUAAAUUAUUAUACACAAACUGUAACAUCGGAUAUAUUAUGUACCAUGUACUGAUACAUAGACUAUUGUUAAUACUUAAUUCACCAAUCUUUAUUUAAUUUGUUCAUGACUGAUCAAUGUUUUUUAAGUAGGACGGACUAUGCUGCUCAUGUUUUAGUUUUUUGGGCCUGUACGUUAUAUUAUAUUCGUCUUUAAUGGGCCGGUUUUAUGAUAAUUAGAAUCUCGCUUUUUAUUUAUAAUAUUUUGUUAUGCACGUACGUUUAUAUUUACAAAAAGUUUCAAUUACAUAACUAUAUUUGUAGGAUGUAUUUUUAACUUUCAUCAAAAUGUUAAAAUAAUAAUUUAUUGUUAAAGCAUUUUAGUAGUUUUAAAAAAGAUCAUACAAAAGUAAAUUUAUUUAAAUUAUAUAUCAUUAAUUAUUCAUUUCUAAUUAUUUUAGCUACAAUUUCUUAAAUUAGUAUAUGCUAAUAUACAAUAAUAUGACUUUAAUAUUUUAUUAUAACUUAAAUAUUUAACUCUUUUAUUUAGUCGACACAUGAAAUAGCAUGUUUAAAAAAAUUGAAUAUUACUAAUUAAAACUAAUGUUAUGUUUAUUAAAACUAAAUACAAGCUUGACAAAAAAUUUUGAAUUGGCUUAAGAAGUAUACUGGAUCCGAGCCAUUAUAGCCUUAGGUGUCGUUGUUAUAAAUUAUUUUAUCUGUUGUUACUCAUAUUACCGUAGUCAAUAAAAAUAAAAUAAUAAAGUUUUUA